AUGACAGAUAAGUUGGUAGCCGCCAACGUAUGGAGUGCGAGGAGUGACUUGACGCCCUGGAAGCGCCAGCCUGCCCCCGAAGAAGAAACAACCAUGAACCAAUGGAUAAAGAAGCCCCCCGUGCAUAUUCUUGGAGGAAGCGCUGAGGAAAUGAACAAUCGUAAAAGUGCAAAAUGGCACCCCCAGGUGACCAUGGACAAACCAAAGUCUAAAACGUAA